ACAACUCUAAUCAUAAAAUAUAUAACUUAAUUUGAUAUCCAUCAAAGAUUGGAUUAGUUUGAUAAAACAACUCAAAAAUAGACAGUAUUUUGGGUAGUUUUGUCGAACUAGAACAAUUUCUGAUGUUAGAUAACUAAAGAUAUUUGAUAACUAAACAAAUGCAUGUUACUGUGAUGGUCAUUGGUGGAGAGUAGUAGGCAGGAGAUGGAAAAGUGAGAGAAGAGAGAGGCAUCAAUUUCAGAAUUUACGUUGUCUUGUGGGGCUGGUGAGCCAAGCCAGUCAUGCACCCCUUUCCUUAUCUUCUAGUUUUAUGCAUGGAAAACGUGUAUUCUUUGUUUUGUUUGUUUCUUUCUUUCUCUUGCCUGUUCCUAAACCUUCCCCAACUUGCUUCCAACUACUGUUUUCUAGAUAACCUAAUCGUUGCUUCUCUUUUCAUCUCAUCAUGGAGGACAACGCUGCUGAUGCUGCCGCCGUCCCUCGUACUGUGAAUGCUUUACAGGAUAGAGAUAACAAGUUCCUGACGAAAGCUAUCGAAGAAGCAUAUAAAGCUGUUGAAUGUGGCGAUGGACGACCAUUUGGUGCUGUUGUUGUUAGAAAUGGUGUAGUAGUUGUGAGCUGUCAUAACAUGGUGUUAAGGAAGAGUGAUCCCACUGCUCAUGCUGAAAUUAAUGCUAUCAGAGAGGUUAAAUUCAUAGUUAGUUCUUCUGUUAAAAUGUGAGGACUAUAACAAGCCAUAAAGCUAUAUUGAGGAAAUGUUUUGUGAACUCGGUUUUGUUUAGUAUAUUGAGCCGACACGCUUUUGAUGUGGUAGAAAUACCACGACUAGCGUUAUAUCUAAUCAAACAUCUAUGAAAUCUUCAUGUAUAUAAAAAAAUGGCAUGUCAAGAAGAUUUUAAUUGCUGUUUUUUUCUUCGUUAUUAUCUUCUAUAUAAGUAAACAAAUAU